AUGUUUAGCAGACAAUUGGCAAGACAAAUUGAACGUAACAAACACGUUAGAAACUUUUCAUUGACCCAAUGGUUCAAGUCAUGGAAAGAAGCUGCCCAAUCACAGCGGUUGAUUUAUCCUCCUCCAGCCUCGCAAUUCACCACACAGAACAGAAUUAUUGACACAUAUAUCACCAACAAGCAAGAAUUAUACACAUACCUUUCUGUGAAGCCACCCUUGUUAUUAAAUUUCACGUUUGCUACCAAGGAGAACAACAAAGUUACGCAAGCUUUAUUUGAUGUUUUGAGUGACAAGUCCAAAUACCCAAAUAACGAACCAGUUUACCUUGUAAAUAUUUUAGCAGAUUCAGAAGGUGGAAGAGAGUUAAUGCUAGAUUACGUUGUGGGAUCCAAAAUACCUAGCAUUAUUGUUUUAAAACAUCAAUUGCCGAGUGGGAAAUAUGUCCCAGAUUUAGAGACUUUUACAGAACAAGAUUUAAUUGAAUGGUUGAAACAUAUUUGA